UGAAGCAGCCUGUUUGCCACGUUGGCUCUCUCUCCGAGGGACCACGCAGGCUUGUGGGAUUAGCAUUCGGUUCAGAAGUGGACCUUGAGCUUUCCUGAUAAGUUUGUAUCCUUGGCGGGACAAAGCUCAAUAAAGGACCACCAGGAACUGAUGAUCCUCUGGGUGCCCCAAGGACAUGAAUCCAGAACACACCUGCGACCUCUCAGUAAACGUCCGUGGAUUGUGAAGAGUGUUCAGUCACUAUAGAAAACGUCCAAGGAUGUAACAAUCAGCUCUCUUAAUGUUUAUUUUCAAAGCGAGAGCAAGUUGUAAAAAUUCGUAUUUAGGGAAGUCACAAGAGAAUCUACUGGGUGGUAAAAGCGUUCUAUAUCUGGACGGUAGUAUUAUAGGUGUUAACUGUACACAUUUACCCGCUGAAUGUUAUACCUCAACUUUAGAAAAAGGGAAAAUGUUCAAUAAAUAGUAAGAAUGGAAACGAAGUUAGAGUGUCACUCCUGAACAAGAUCGUAGCUUUCUGAUGUAACAUGAGCGCCAAGGUACAACGCCUUAGUCGGACAACGCCAGCUGUGCGCUAAGAAACUACAACUCCCAGCAUACGUUGCUCCCUACGCCGCUCUGCAGUACACCCAGAGGGAGGGAAAGGCGGAAACCACAAGUUCCGGUCUGCAAGGGAAAAGGCGCAGGCGCAGAAGCGCUCGCCGCACGCCGGGCCGCCCCUUCCUCAGGCCUCGCUGAUUGUAUCGCGUGAGUUCCUCAGCCAAUGAGGAGGCGGAAGUGACAGUCGUUUCGCAUCCGCCAGCAGCUGCUGAGAGGCUGAAGCCAGAGUGCACCAUUCUUUUGGAGUUGCUGUUCUACUCAUCGGGCAUCAGCGAGAGCACAGCUGAACUAUCCCACUUAGAAGAUGGAAGCUGAUACAUCUGUUGACAUGUUUUCAAAAGUCCUAGAGAAUCAGUUGCUUCAGACUACCAAACUAGUAGAAGAACAUUUGGAUGCCGAAAUACAGAAACUGGAUCAGAUGGAUGAGGACGAAUUGGAACGCCUCAAAGAAAAGAGACUCGAGGCACUAAGGAAAGCUCAGCAACAGAAACAAGAAUGGCUUUCUAAAGGACAUGGUGAAUACAGAGAAAUCCCUAGUGAGAGAGACUUUUUUCAAGAAGUCAAGGAGAGUAAAAAAGUGGUUUGUCAUUUCUACAGAGAUUCCACAUUCAGGUGUAAAAUACUAGACAGACAUUUGGCGAUACUGUCCAAGAAACAUCUUGAAACCAAAUUUUUGAAGCUGAAUGUGGAAAAGGCACCCUUCCUUUGUGAGAGACUGCGGAUCAAAGUCAUUCCCACCCUCGCACUGGUAAAAGAUGGGAAGACACAGGAUUACGUGGUUGGAUUUACGGACCUCGGAAAUACAGACGACUUCACCACAGAGACUUUAGAGUGGAGGCUCGGCUGUUCCGACAUUCUUAAUUACAGUGGAAAUUUAAUGGAGCCACCAUUUCAGAGCCAAAAGAAAUUUGGAACAAACUUCACAAAACUGGAAAAGAAAACUAUCCGAGGAAAGAAAUAUGAUUCAGACUCUGAUGAUGAUUAGAGCUCAGUUAUAGUUCUUUGUAAAUUAUCUUUUAUUUAUGCUUACUUCACAUUUAAUGUAUUUUCUAAAUUCUGUUGAUUUCAAUACAUCGAUCACCUAAUACAUUCUGGAGUUUUAUACAAUUGCAUCACAUUGAAAGGCAUCUUUACUAUUUUCUCAGUGACCAUCAUGUUUAAGUUGAAGAAAAUCUUCUGAGUUCUGAAAUUACAUGGAAAGGGUCUGGUAUCUCUAUUUUUGAGACUGAUUUUUUCACACUAUGAUUCUAUGUCUUUAUACCAUUCAUAAUUGUGUUUUUAAUCUACAGAGUUGGAAAUAGAAAUUCAACCAACUAUCCAGGACUAAUUCUUAAUCAUUUUUCCUUACUUUAUAUAACAGGUCAAGUAACAUCUACCAGUAUAACACACUGGACUUGUAAAUGAAUCAUAAACACUCCUCACUUACAGAUUAUAUUUGAAUAACUAUUAAAGAACUGGUUAUUUGGACCAGC